AUGUGUCACUACGUCACCAACAGGACGAAGACUUGCAUCAAGAAGAAGUCAACAAGAUUCUGCAUUCUUCUCAAGAUAUUAGAGCCAACGGGUAUCCAGCGACGAUCGAGUCAUGGAGUAGUCGUCAAAUUACCGAAUCCUAGAGACAAAGGUUAUCAACAACGUUGUAUCAAGAAGUUGAUGGAGUUUCUCAUUGAGAAUUCCUACCCUCAUCAAGUUUCUACCAAGAAUCUAAUGUCACCUAGCUCUAAUGAUUUCAUACGUGUAUUUCAGUUUAUAUACCAAUUUAUAAUUCCUAAUGUUGCAAUUGGUAAAAAAUAUGAAGAAGAGGUACCAAAUAUAUUCAGAUCGUUAGGCUAUCCAGUUACUAUUUCUAAAAGUUUCAUGUUCAGUGUUGGCACACCCCAUACAUGGCCUAUACUCCUACAAGCACUAACCUGGCUUACAGAAAUAGUUCAGCUGGCACUGCUCUUUGAAAUUGAUGAAAUUAUGCUUCUUGAUAGCGAUCCAACCAGUUCAUUGGCUGGUGAGGUGGUUGCGUCGGAUAGAGCCUUACAAUAUGAUUAUAUGACAACUGGGUACAAUGAAUUUCUCCUUGGGAAAGAUGACUACCCGGAACUGCAAGAACACUUGCAACAAGAAUUAGAUAGAAGAUGGAAGUCUGUUCGUGAAAAAAUUAGCUCUAUUGAAACUCAUAUUGAACACCAAAUGGAAGAAUUAUCUAUUCUGGAAAAUGAUCCGUUAUCUGUAGAUAACUUACAGAAAAAGCAGGCUAUCCUAAUCGAAGACAGAAAUAAAUUCAAGAAAUAUAUACAAGACCUUCAAUUACACAACAGUCGACUUGUAAGGCUAGAACAGAAACAAGUAGAGGAAAAGCAAACUUUAGAAUCCGAAACUCGGUCGCUGGAGGAACUCAGUAAAGACCUUAAAGCAAGAAUUAGCGAACAGAAGCUAAGUGCAAGCGCUGCUGAAAAGAUUAAGAUGGCAAUCAAGGAGAAACAGAGCCUUUGCAAUGUAUUACAAAAAGAGCUAGACGAAGGUAACGAAGAAUUGUGGAAUUCGGAAUUAAAACUGACGAAGAGACGCGAUAAGUAUGAAGAGGCCUAUCGGCUGUACUUGAGCCAUGUUAAAAAAGUGCUACCCUCUACUUCGGAAAAUGAAUCAAUCGAAAAUUAUGAGCUGUGCAUCAAUAAAAAUCUAAUUAGUCAAAAACGGAAAGUUGUUAAGCCUAAAAUAUCACAAGUUAAGCGAGAGUUCUCGGACAAGAUUCGCCGUUGCAACUCUAAAAGAGUGACGGAAGAAGCGAAUGUUGAAGAGGUUCUGCGUUCCCUUGCUAAUACACAAGACCGUUAUGAAGGAUUGGAAGCUGAAAUUACAUCCAUUAAAGAAAAGACUCAAGCCGAAAAAGUGGAUUUCCGUGAUCGAAAGAAAGGCUUAAAAGACAAGGUUACAGAUAUUGAUAAUGAAAUACUUCAAGAUCGCAAUUGCGAGAGUAAAUGUGAUCGCAUCCGCCGGGAAAUAGAGCUCUUAAAGAAAGAGCAAGAAAGAGUUAACCAAGAGAUAAUUAUAUCGACGGGUGACAUGGAUCGAGAGAUCUGCAAAGUAGCAGAGGUCGUCGCUAAACAUAAGAGCUAUAUGAAGUCUUUAGCUGACAACUGUAGCAAUGAAGUUACUAAAAUUAUUAAAAAAAGAUUGAAUUCAUUAACUGAAUGCAAAGAAGAAAUUGACCAUCUUGUGCUGGAACAAUAA